ACCUCUCCAGUUACCGCGGGGUUCGGGAGAGGGGGUUCUGGGUUCUGCCUUCGACCCGGAAGUGCUCCUCUUACGCACGCACACGCAUCGCAAGGACGCUCUCUUCAUCAUUCCCGCACCCACCGGACACUCAGCGCGCAGUGCGGCGUGGACCGGACCAGACCGAACCGAACCGGAGCGGAACCGCAACAUGACCCUGCAGCUGCCGCCGUGCGUGAUAGACUGCGGGACUGGAACCAACCUGGGCUCCUUUGCGGUCUCCGCCUAGGCAUCGCCGUCAAGGAGUCGGCCGGCGUUGGAGAGCAGACCCAGAGGAGGCUGGCCAGAGGACUGGACGACCUGGACUUCUACAUCGGAGACGAAGCCAUCGAUAAACCCAACUAUGCAACCAAGUGGCCCAUCCGUCAUGGGAUGGUGGAGGACUGGGACCUGAUGGAGAAGUUCAUGGAGCAGGUCAUCUUCAAGUACCUGAGGGCCGAGCCAGAGGACCACAGCUUCCUGAUGACAGAGCCUCCUCUCAACACUCCUGAAAACAGAGAGUACCUGGCUGAGAUCAUGUUUGAGACCUUCAACGUACCUGGGCUCUACAUCGCAGUGCAGGCGGUGCUGGCUUUGGCGGCAUCCUGGACAUCUCGCCAGGUGGGACAGCGGACCCUCACCGGCAUCGUGAUCGACAGCGGAGAUGGAGUGACGCACGCCAUUCCUGUGGCCGAGGGUUACGUGAUUGGCAGCUGUAUAAAACACAUCCCCAUCGCAGGGCGAGACAUUACCUUCUUCAUCCAGCAGCUGCUCAGGGACAGAGAGGCGGGCAUUCCUCCGGAGCAGUCACUGGAAACCGCCAAAGCCAUCAAGGAGCGGUACUGCUACAUCUGUCCCGACAUCGUGAGGGAGUUCGCCAAGUAUGACUCCGACCCUGGGAAGUGGAUCAAGCAAUACCAAGGAAUCAAUGCAGUCACCAAGACCCCCUUCCACAUUGACGUGGGCUACGAACGCUUCCUUGGACCCGAGAUCUUCUUCCAUCCCGAGUUUGCCAACCCAGAUUUCAUGCAGCCCAUUUCUGAUGUCAUCGAUGAGGUCAUUCAAAGCUGUCCGAUCGAUGUGAGGCGGCCGCUCUACAAGAACAUCGUUCUCUCCGGAGGCUCCACCAUGUUCAGGGACUUUGGGCGGCGGCUGCAGCGAGACGUGAAGAGGACGACGGACGCCCGGCUGAGGUUGAGCGAGGAGCUGAGCGGAGGACGCAUCAAGCCGAAGCCGAUGGAGGUCCAGGUGGUGACCCAUCACAUGCAGCGCUACGCUGUCUGGUUUGGAGGCUCCAUGCUGGCGUCCACGCCCGAGUUCUUCCAGGUCUGUCACUCCAAGAAGGACUACGAUGAGAUCGGCCCCAGCAUCUGUCGACACAACCCCGUCUUUGGCAUCAUGUCCUGAUGGGGCCCGUCGUCAUGCUGUCUGCUCGGCACCGGAUGCCUAACUGUUAGCUUCGUGUGAUUCCUGUGAGCUUGUUAGCAUACUGUCUCUGCAGAAAGAAAGAGUUAGCAUGUUAGCUAGAAGGCAUGAUGAUCAUUCUGCUGCAGCAGAGAUGCCAUUUUAUUUAGACCACAGAUAGCUGCUGCUACCUAGCAGCUGAUGGUAGCUGUUAGCUGUUAUCUUCUGUUAUCUAUUAGAUGCAGCUAGCUGUUAACUAUUAGCUGUUGCCAUCUACCAGUUAGCCAUUGUGAGCUAUUAACUGCUGCGAUCUCUUAGUAGUUAGUCUCUGUGAGCUAUUAGCUGCCGCAAACUGUUAGAUGUUGUUAGCUGUUAGCUUCUGCCAGCUUUCAGCUGAUGGCAACUAUUACCUGUUGCCAGCUGUUAUUAGCUAAUACUAGCUAUGAGCCGGUGUUAGCUUUUAGCUGCUGUUAGCUGAUGCUAGUUGUUAGCGGAUAUUUGUUCUCAGCUGCUGCUAGCUGAUGUUAGCUAUCCUUCAUUUCUGAUGUAGUGCCGGGGUUUCCUGCUGCAGCCUCUCCUUCCUAAUUUCUUGUGGUUUCAUCGCGUCCUCUCAGGUGUUUCUCUUGGCUCCAGACCGGCUGCUGAAGCUCGAGAUGCCUCAGCAGGUGUAACUGAGCUAGAACUGGUAAAGGUUGAUCAGUUUCCCUUCUUUCUUCCUGAUUCUCUAUCAUCUAUCGUCAGGCUGCCUGCAGAGCUGCAGAUAUUGGGUCCUCUCUGACCACCCUGCUGGCUUCCUGGGGCCCUCCUCCCUCAUGUUUGUUCUCUCUAGCAGAGCUCUGGACCUUCAGUCUGGACCUUCAGUCAGCCAUAUUGGGCUGUGUUCUUUGUCAUGAGAUGUACACUAUCGGGUCUGCGAAUCUGCUCUAAUGUUUCUAAUCGAACUUCUGUCUUGGCUGGACGCCUCCAUCAGCUUCCUGCACUAAUCCUCCACAAGGGGGCGCUGUCCGGUUGGAUUCUUUGUAGAUGUUUUCUCACCAACCCUCUCAGUGAUGUUUUGAACAGAUCACCACACUGAUGCUGUACUGAAUACACCACAUGCAGAGAUGAACCAGAACCAGCAGGAGUUUGGACCUGUGUUAAAGGGAGAGUACAAAUUUUCUCAGCUGAUCCUGUUUGUUUUUCUGCUUCACCCACAGCUCUAAGAAUCUUUAUAUUUGUAAAGAAAUGAAAACUGACCUUUUUUGGAGAAAUUCUAAAGUCAAUAAAAUUUAAACACUCA